AGUGAACAGCCUGCACCAAUCAGCGAUAUACAGAGAAAUGUGAAGCUAGGAGGAGAGCAGCACAUCGAGAUCGUGGCUCUUGAAUCAGUGUAGAUGGCGAAAGCAGAAGCUCCGUCACGUACACACGACUGACUGACUUGUCCACACUGGAGCCAUUCCGAUACAGCCAGCUAGCACCUACAAUUUAGGCCUGCUCUCUCGCACGUUAGAGAGCUUCUCAUCGCCUGGCGGGGUUUAUUCCGUUCAUCAUUCAGUAGCCCCCAAUCCGCUGCAAAAGCCUCUCAACAACGCAACACAACAAAAAACAGAAACCCCCGAUAGACUCACGAAGUCACGUCCUUCAUCACUCGUUUUGCGACGAGUUGAUCAGCAGCGAUGGCGAACCAGAGAGAAAUGGAUGAGAUUCCCCUCUCGUUUGACGAAGGCCGGCUCGCCUUUUUAGGUGAUAUCCCCCUCGACGCCGAAAAGCAGGAUAUUGCAUCCUUUAUUCACGAUCAAGGCUUCAAGAGUGUGGUGUUAUAUUGGCUAUCCGAGCGGUUUGAACCCAUGGAAUUGAAGCAUCAGGGCUACUGCAUGGCCGAGUUCCUGUUGCGAAACGAAGCACAGGAGGUAAUCAAGGAAUUGCCUGAUGGCAUUUUCAAGGGCAGGCAUCUGAAGGCAACCGUCCCGGGUCAUAAGCAACCAAGUUCAAACCCAAAUCUUCCUGCCGAGGCGAAAGCCAUCCCCACUGAGGCCGAUGCCAUCACCAGCGCCGUAGAACUCCGCAAAGUCUUGCAAAAGCUGAAGUGCCCCGACGCGUACGUUUACUCCGAACGCUGGUCCAAUAACGACGUCGAGGGUGCGGUCAUGGGAAGGAUGAUGGAGCGUGAGAAGGAGUCACAGUCCCCAGGCUCUCUUGUGGUGGGAAAUGGUGACCGUGUUCGCUCACAACCUACGCCAUCCACUGCUCGUGGCGACAGCAUGCAUUGUUCCACUAUCUGGAUCUACGGAAACGGAUGGAACGAGUGGUUCAAGGGCGAGGUGCAGGCAGAAGAGGGCACCGACAGGGAUAAGCGGAAUAUCUUGAUGGUUGAGGAUGUCAACGCCUCGGAUGAUCCCAAGGAGGAUACUCUCAAGAUGUUUAGGACUGCAAUCAACAUUUAUCAAAAGGCUGACGCCAUCCACUGGAAACCCGGUCAUGUACUGGCAGCGACCAACGGCACACGGGAAGCUCCCAUGUCAACUUCAAAAGCAUUUAUCCCACCUAAUGUUUCUGGUAACGACCUGCCUUCUGCUACCUCACGAGGCCAUCACCAUCGGUACAGGCGACCGGCAAAAAUCGGCGUCGGCUGGGGUGACUACGACCAUUUCCGAGAAUGGCAGUUGCAUGGGCGAAGAUUGGACGUGGAUAUGGUCGAGGGAAAACCAUGGUGUCCCAGGAUCAAGGACCAGGCUCAGUUCCGCGUCUUAGGAGAGGGCGCUGAGACUCAAGGUGAUAGUGUUACUGCUGACUCUUGUUGGUUUCGGCCAACGCUCAGCGAGCCGACAAACCUGCCUGUAUCACUUCGUGUGAAGUUGGAAACGGCUAAGGCGGUGCGAGUUGCGCGAGGAGGUAUUGGGCGAGGUGUUGGGCGAGGCGGUGCUUUACGAGGUGGUCCUGCACUAGCUCGGUGGUGA